GUGAGUGUGUGAGUGAGUGAGUGUGUGUGCAGUCGGGUAAUAAUAGGUAGCAUUGCACUGUUCAAAAGUGGGCGUGGCCGGGAGUCCCCAUUGGAUCGGCGCACUCACGGACCGCGAGAGUAUCGGAAAUAAACCGCGCAAGUUCAAUAAGAUUGCGCGUGUAUAAAUACCACCGACAAGGACGCGCACGCACACUGAGUGCACAAGUCGAACAGCGUUUUCCUCAAUAGCGACCUCAUGUUCCAAAGUGUCGCUUUAGUCUUUUGUGUGAAUGGACACGGGCAGUUUGUUUUAACUCGAACCGGUGAUUUCUGUUAGAUUUAUCACGUGCAAUUACCUGAUUUUGUUCAAAUCUUCUGAUUUUGUUCAAAUCUUCUGAUUUUGUAUUUCUAUUUGAACGUAAGUAGAGGAUUAAGUUUUGGUAUUUUGUCUGACAGUAUUUGUGUCACCAGUAACCAUGAUUUUCACCACACAUUUCAUCUUGGCCACUGUUUUGUUCGCUGGACAUCUGAAAUGCAAUAGUGUGGAUUUGGACGAGACUGAGACAAGACCGGUCAAAGUUUCUUUAAGGAGAAAUGGCUUCUGGGGACAAGAGAACUGGGAGGUUUUCCAGAUUAAGGCGUUCGGGCAGGUUUUCAUGCUGUACCUGAAGCCGGAUGACAGUUUCAUGGCUCCUACGUUACACGUUCAGCGCGUAAAGGUGAAACAUCUCUCGGCUGUUACGAACGUCUCCGGGCAUGAACGCGUCCUAGAGGAUGUACUGCCUGAUCCCAGAGACAGCGAGCACGAUCUCAGGAGCUGUUUCCACACGGGAACAGUAAAUAAGGACGAGGAGUCGCUGGUCUCCGUCAGUCUCUGUCGUGGCAUCCGGGGAACUUUCGUAACGCGCGGUCAAGAAUACUUCAUUGAACCGGUCGGUGCGCGUAAUGGAGACGCCAGGAGCACUUUCUCUCAGCCUCACGUAGUUAAAAGGCGCGUGUUCUCCAGAAAGCCCGGGGUCGAGGCAGAGGAAGAGGAUAACAGUUACGUGAUGCAGACUACAGAAUAUGAACAAAAAGAGCAAAAACGUGAACGGAGAUUCGUGUCAGCAGCCCGGUUCAUCGAGACCCUGGUGGUGGCGGACGCUUCCAUGACGCGUUUCUAUGGAGAUGAGAUCAAGCACUACCUGUUAACCGUAAUGGGGAUGGCUGCAAAACUGUUCGGCCACCCUAGCAUUAAGAACGCAGUGAAUCUAGUAGUGGUCAAGAUGUUGGUGGUGGAGGAUGAGGAUGUUGGACCCGGAGUGUCCAGAAAUGGCGGAAUGGCCCUACGCAACUUCUGCAACUGGCAACAGCUCUUUAACCCAGCGAGUCCACGCCACCCUGAGCACUACGACACAGCCAUCUUGUUCACUAGGGAGGAUAUAUGUGGACAUCAGCAUUGUGACACCCUUGGUGUAGCUGAUGUGGGAACCAUGUGUGACCCCAAAAGAAGCUGUUCAGUCAUUGAGGACAACGGCCUUCAGGCAGCCUUCACUGUGUCACAUGAGCUCGGCCAUGUACUAAGCAUGCCACACGAUGACUCCAAAACCUGUGAGAAAUUCUUUGGUGAAAUCGAUGGACACCACUUAAUGGCUCCCUUCUUUGUCCACCUCAAUGAGACACUUCCCUGGUCACCAUGUAGUGCUCUUUACAUCACAGAGUUCUUCGACAAUGGGCACGGUGACUGUUUACUGGACAUGCCAGACCAGACUAUUCCCUUAAAGGAUGAGCCGCUGGGCUACGUGUUUGGUCUGGACCGUCAGUGCCAGCAAGCAUUCGGGGAGGAGUUUUCCCGCUGCCCAAAUGCCCCAGAGGACCAAGCGUGCAUCCAGUUAUGGUGUCGUGAGGAGGGCAAAAUACAGUGCACUACCCGUAACGGGAGCCUUCCCUGGGCCGAUGGCACACCCUGUGGUGAAGACUGGAGCUGCCAUAGGGGUGUGUGUCUCUCAAGCAUAUUGGCAGAAAAACAAGAGGAGGAACCAGUCAAUGGUAGCUGGGGUCCGUGGGGUACCUGGGGUCCAUGCUCUCGGACCUGCGGCGGUGGUGUUGAGUUUUCUCGUCGUGAGUGCACAGAUCCAGUGCCACAAAAUGGAGGAUCCUACUGCGUGGGUCAGAGAGUAAAAUACCAAUCCUGCAACAUUCAGACCUGCCCAGAAAAUCAUGGUAAGAGCUUCAGAGAGGAACAGUGUGAGAAAUACAACAGUGAUCGUUACUUGGACAUGCAUGGCAAAAUAAAGCAGUGGAUCCCAAAGUAUGCUGGUGUUUCACCCAGGGAUCGAUGCAAACUUUUCUGCAGAGCCAAACACAGCAAUGAAUUUAAAGUCUUUGAAGCCAAGGUUGUGGAUGGUACAGCCUGUGGUCCAGAUACCACGUCUAUUUGCGUCCAGGGACAAUGCAUCAAGGCUGGCUGUGACCACAUCAUAGGCUCCAAUCGUAAGCUGGACAAGUGUGGUGUCUGUGGUGGAGAUGGGGCAAGUUGCAGAAAAAUUAGUGGCACUCUAAACAAAGCUAUCUUUGGAUACAAUGAUAUAAUUACCAUUCCUGCUGGGGCCACCAACAUCGAUGUCAAGCAGCGUAGCCACCAUGGCAUCAAGCAUGAUGGUAAUUACCUGGCAGUAAAGGCAGAGGAUGAAACCUACAUUCUAAAUGGGAAUUAUUCAGUGUCCACCGCUGAACAGGACAUUUCAGUACGUGGUGCUGUCCUUCGAUACAGUGGCUCCUCCACUACCCUGGAGCGGCUUCUCAGCUUCCAUGUACUCCAGCAAACCAUCACCAUCCAGCUGCUGUCAACAGUAGGUGACACCUCACCUCCCAGGGUUAAAUACACCUUCUACCUGCCUCGUGACCUUCCCUUCAGCAAGCCAGAUGCAGAGAGGAGCCUUUUACCACAUGUCAUCCAGCCAUUCGGGGGAGCCGAAUGGGUCCUGGGUGAAUGGUCCGAGUGCUCAAAGAGCUGUGGUGCCGGCUGGUCCAGGAGGAGUGUUGAGUGUCAGGACAGAACAGGAUCCCUGUCGUUCUCAUGCAACAUUGAACUGCGGCCAACCGACAUCCGACCGUGUGGUGACAUGCCCUGUCCUCUAUGGCAGAUGGGACAAUGGUCAGCCUGCUCUCGGACUUGCGGCACCGGUGAGCGGCAGCGCAGUGUACUGUGCAUAGACUACACGGGCAAGACUGUGGAGCCUGGGAAGUGCAACCCAGAUAAGAGGCCAGAGCCGGUUUCUUCAGAUUGCUUUUACCAGGACUGCUAAAACAGAAUGAUCCCUGCAACAAAGAAAAGGGUCAAGUGUUGGCAGAGGUUUAAGAUCCACAGGGCAGGUAAUGGAUGAGAGAGAGAGCUAUUAACUCAACAGUCUUCCUUUUAAACAGGAAGCUGACCAUGCUUCAAAAGAAUUUGUACCAUACAAAAUGGGUACAGAAAUCACCUGUCAAGCCUAAUAACGGCAUUAUACCUGAGGUUUCAUCUAUAUGAUUAAUUCUCAUUCUUAUUUGUAUUCUAUUUUAUAUUUUAAACAUUUAAACACUAUUUAACACAUUUUCCUGCCCCACUGAGAUCUACCUCAAACCAUAAGAAUGUUGUAAUACUAAAGGAAAGGAUUCUGUUUUAAACUUUUACUACAAUGGAAUGUUACUUUUGCAAAAACCUGCUGAAUUUUAUUCAGAUAAUACUGGUCAAAUACCUCCGUUUUUAAUGCAUUUCAGAACACAUCAGACUGAUAUAUUAUUUAACUGAGUGGAAAUGUCAAGCUACCUGAGACAUGAACAUAUCGACUUAACAAGUCGGAGUGUUCCUCUCUUUAGGCUUAGUUCAAAUCCAUCUGCCUUUUUAGUAGAUACAGUAAUUCUUCAUACACAUGCUUAUGCACAUGUUUAAUUUAUUUGUCAGUUUGUAUUCUAUAAAAAAGUGUUUAUUAUUUGUUAACACUUCUCAUAAUUUAAUGCUGGGUAUUAUGAUAAUAUUAUGAAAAAUAUUUCAGAUUUAUGCAUUUCAACACUGGAAUUUAGUACAGUCCUAAGCCACAUAGGGAUAAACAAACAUUAUAUAGGCCAAUGUGAGAGCUGUUGAAUAGUGAGGGCAUUUAAUGUCUUAGUAUCUGCUUUUAACGUUUGUCUGCUUUCUUUUCAAAUUAUCGAGCUGCUUUGUAGUUUGUAACGGAUAACUGGCUCAAUGUAGACAAUAAAUUGUUUUUUUUCUUUUUUUAA